AUGUUGUCCCAGCUUAGGCAGCUAGAGUUGCGCCGGCCGUGGCUCGCUCUAAUUGUCGCGGCUACCCAUCUUCUCACGGAAGCCGUCUCUGGACCGACGAAUUCUGCUCUAGGUGUUUCCACAGCAUACGACCGCUCCACGAGUUCUUCAUACACCCGUAAGCCAACAUUGCAGAAUCGCAACAAUGCUCCAGUCGAGCCGCUCCCCCCUAGCCAUUGGGAGCUCGCCGGUUCCGCCGAAGACAUCGAAGCAUUUCGCCUACGCCACAAUCUCACACUCGUCAGCGCGACGCCCCAAGACGCGGCCUUGAUGCCCUCCUGGCCGCAGGCUCUCUUCCAGUACGUGCUCGUGGCACCACCCAUCAACUGCUACCACACGAGCUCUUAUACACAUUCCCAAACCACAACUUUCAACGGCGUGGUGACGUCGCACUCCCAACAUGGUAGCUCUCACACAAUCACGCCCUUCAACGUCCUCCAGAAGGACACGGGGGGUUGGAUGUCGGUGCUCGGUUGGGAGGCGUGGUUUGACCUCGCGUUUCUCGUCUUCGGACCGUUUGCACUUGGGCCGUUGCUGUUUCAGUGGGUGGCGUCUUUUGCCCUUGUCAUUCAGAGGUGGAGUGGUGGCCUGGGUACCGUGGCCUACCAGAUCAACAACCUCAACGGUUGCAUACCCGCCGACGGCAAUGCCGGCAUAGCCUUCUUGCAGCAAGGCGCACGGAGCCGCGACUUCCGCAUCCUCCAGAGCGUGACAUUUCCGGUCUCUACGCUCUUCAUGGUCCUGUCUUUUGGAGAUCCGGAUGGCUUCAACCGCCUGCUGGCCCUACCGGCUCUCGGGGAGCUCAUUUACACGGCCGUCCUUGCCGAUAAGGGCACGCCCGUCGUCGUCUCUGGGAUCUGUAUGCUUGUGGAACUGAACCCGAGCAAAGGCUUCCUAGACUCGAGCAUUAACACGCGGUGGAAGAUUUUUGCGUCCUUUAUGGGAUUUUAA